AUGGCCGACUCCCGCUUCCACGCCUCCUCCACCAAGGCCGCAAUCGGCGCCGAGAACGAGUUCGCCGCCCACAACUACCACCCCCUUCCCGUUGUCUUCGCCAAAGCCCAAGGAAUCAAUGUCUGGGACCCCGAGGGCCGCAAGUACAUGGACUUCCUGUCCGCCUACAGUGCCGUCAACCAGGGCCACUGCCACCCGGAGCUUGUCAAGGCCCUCACCGACCAGGCCUCGCGCCUCACACUGAGCUCGCGCGCUUUCCACAACGACGUCUUCCCCAAGUGGGCUGAAAAGGUCCGCAAUGUCUUUGGCUACGACAUGGUCCUGCCCAUGAACACCGGUGCCGAAGCUACCGAGACUGCCGUCAAGGUCGCCCGCAAAUGGGCGUACAAGGUCAAGGGCGUUGACAAGGGCAAGGCUCUCGUCUUUGCCGUUGCCGAGAACUUCCACGGCCGCACUAUGGCCGCCAUUACUCUGUCCACCGACCCCGAGUCCAAGGACAACUACGGUCCCUAUAUUCCCAACAUCGGUGCCACAUCCCCCUCCACUGGCAAGCCCAUCCGAUAUAACAACAUUGCCGAUAUCGAAGAGGUCCUCGAAGCCCACGGAAAGGACACUGCCGCCUUCAUCAUCGAGCCCAUCCAAGGAGAGGCCGGUGUCAUGGUCCCCGACGAGGACUACCUGGCCAAGGUCCAGGCGCUUUGCACCAAGCACAACGUGCUUCUCAUCGCCGACGAGAUCCAGACCGGUAUCGGGCGCACCGGCAAGAUGCUCUGCUCCGAGUGGGCCGGCAUCAAGCCCGACAUGGUGACGCUCGGAAAGGCCAUCUCCGGCGGCAUGUACCCGGUCAGCGCUGUCCUUGCCAGCAAGGAGGUCAUGAUGGUAGUCGAGCCCGGCACGCACGGCUCAACCUAUGGUGGCAACCCUCUGGGCUGCGCCGUCUCCAUCCGCGCCCUCGAGCUCAUCGAGGAGGAGAACAUGAUUGAGAACGCCCAGCGCCUCGGUGAGAUUUUCCGCCAGAGCCUUCUCGACCUCAAGUCGCCCAUCCUCAAGAUUGUCCGCGGCAAGGGCCUUCUCAACGCUUGCGUCAUUGACGAGUCUGCCACCAACGGCCACUCCGCCUGGGACCUGUGCAUGCUGCUCAAGGAGAAGGGUCUGCUUGCCAAGCCCACUCACGGCGACAUCAUCCGCUUCGCCCCUCCCAUGGUCAUCACCGAGGAGGAGCUGCGAAAGGGCGUGAGCAUCAUCGCCGAGGCUCUCAAGGAGCUGCCCAACGCCCCCAAGGCCGACCACUAA